AUGGGCGGACGACGGGAUACCGGUUUUCGGAGGUGGACGGAUUCUGAACUGCAAGCACGACGUGACAAGGGGCUGUGUUAUCGAUGCGACAAACCAUUUAGCAAAGGCCAUCGCUGCAAAAACAAAGAACUUCACCUCUGUGUGGUCGCGGACGAUCUAGAAGAUGUUGAAAUGGUGGAUAGUGCGUACGAGGGAGAGAUGGUGGAAGUCAGUCCGGUGGUAGAGUUGUCCUUGAACUCCGUUGUGGGGUUGACAGCACCGGGUACGUUCAAGCUAAAAGGAACGGUGGAGAACCAAGAAAUAGUGAUCAUGGUGGAUUGUGGGGCGACCCAUAAUUUCAUCUCCCUGAAGCUGGUCGAGAAUCUAAAAUUACCUAUGGCGGAAACAACGAACUACGGAGUUAUUAUGGGAUCCGGGAAGGCAGUGCAAGGCCGCGGAAUGUGUAAAGGUAUCACCGUGGGUCUGCCGGUGAUAUCCAUAGUAGAGGAUUUCUUGCCGCUGGAACUGGGUAACAUCGAUAUGGUGCUGGGGAUGCAGUGGCUGCAGAAACAAGGAGCAAUGACAGUGGAUUGGAAAGCCCUCACCAUGACCUUUGUUGUCAGAGAUACUAAGGUAAUCCUAAAAGGGGAUCCUUCGCUGACCAGAACGGAGAUAUCCUUGAAAGUGUUAGUUAAAACGUGGCAACCGGAUGAUCAAGGAUUUCUAGUUAACUUCAGUGCCAUGGGCAUUCCCAAGGAAGACCGGGAAUUAGUAGUGACAGAUGCUGUGGAAGACUAUCAACCAGAAUUUGCACAGCUACAGCAGGAAUUCAGUGAUGUAUUUGAAAUGCCCGACGGUCUGCCCCCGAUGCGACGAAUCGACCAUAGGAUCCAGUUGAAAGAAGGUACGGAUCCCAUUAACGUGAGACCAUAUCGCUACCCACACGCCCAGAAAAACGAGAUUGAAAGAUUGGUGAAUGACAUGCUGGCUUCAGGAAUUAUACGACCUAGCACCAGCCCGUUUUCCAGCCCGGUUAUCAUGGUAAAAAAGAAGGAUGGGGGAUGGCGGUUCUGCGUCGACUAUCGCGCUUUAAACCGAGCAACGGUACCGGAUAAGUUCCCUAUUCCCAUGAUUGAUGAGUUGUUGGAUGAGUUAAGUGGAGCGAGUAUUUUCUCUAAAAUAGACUUGAAAUCCGGGUACCAUCAAAUCCGGGUACGGGAUGAAGAUGUAAGCAAGACAGCUUUCAGAACACACGAGGGUCAUUACGAGUUCUUAUUCAUGCCCUUCGGCCUCACCAAUGCGCCUGCAACAUUCCAAGCAUUGAUGAAUCAGGUUUUUCGACCUUAUUUACGCAAGUUUUUGACGACAUUCUGGUGUACAGCAGAGACGUGGAAACACAUCUAG